AGUUAAGAAACAUAGAAAUCAUCGGAGCCGCUCUGAUACUUGUUAGGAGUAUUGGACAAGUUGUUGUGAAGAAUCAGAUAGAAAUGGCGGAGCCCAAGAACCAGACGCGACUCCUACACCUCCCCACGGAGGUCAUACGCGAGAUUCUAGGCUGGCUUCCCGUGAAAUCCCUCUGCCGAUUCAGGUGUGUCUCAAACACAUGGCUCUCUCUAAUCUCUGAACCCAUCUUUGUGAACUCACACUUCAACAAAGCCCUUGAGCAUCAACAUGUCUUCCACCAAAGACGAAGAGUUGUGAUUAGAGACUCUUGGCUAUGCCGCCUCCACACUCUCAACCUUGAUGAGUGUCUUCUCAAUCAUACAAAUGUUGAUAAUCUUGGUGACGAUGUUGUAGUUGUACCUACUCAACUCAAGCGUCGUAGAUUUACCAAGUUCGUGUUGUACGCUAAUGGGUUGUUGUUGUUGAAGUCGUACUUUGUGUUUUAUUUGCUAAACCCGGCAACUAAGGAACACAAGAUAGUACCAAACCCACCACAGAUGUAUAUAUCGUCUCAUUGGCUGUAUGGGUUUGGCUUUGAUGUAUCCACUCUUGAUUACAAGGUGGUUCGGGGCGAGUUCUUUCAGUUUGAUGUUGGGUUUAGUGUUUAUUCAUUGAAAACCGGGUCCUGGAGAGCGAUUUCGAACCGAUAUCCCUAUGAAAGUUUACAGCCUGGUAUGCAGGGGAGAGUUUUGAAUGGGAGUAUUCACUGGUUGGUUUGUAGAAACUGCAGUAAUGUGCCAUCCAUGGUUCUGUUGUGUUUUGGUUUAGCUGACGAGGAAGUUCAAGAGAUUCCACUACCACCUGAGUUCCUUGUUGAUUUCAACAUUGAAGAUGGCAAGUAUUAUUUCCUUGACAUUUUCCAGGAAUGCCUGUGUGUGGGGAGGACUGAUGAUUUCGAGUUUUGGGUCAUGAAGGAAUACGGACUGGCAAAGUCUUGGAGUAAAAUAAGCAUCUCCUUGCCAUGUAGCGAAGGGAUACUUUCCGGUUUCGUGAAGAACAAUCAUCAUCUGUUGCUUGAUUUGCCCCAACACCGUCUGGUUAUGUACAAUUUUGAAGAUGGAAGCUCUCGGAAUCUUUCAGUUGGGAGUAGUUACAAAGUUGAUUUUGUUGGGUGCUACUUGGAGAGCCUUGUUUCGCCUAAUCACUAUCAUAUGACUGAUGGAGAACAUUAGGCAUGAAGCAGAUGUUGAGAGUAAAGGAGAAAUUCUGCUCACUAGAAAAAAUUUGAAGACUUGAGACUUGGCUGAUUUAGAUGUUGUGAUGCACAAAGUUGUCUGCAAUAUUUUGUAGGGACAAUGUCAUGAAAAUUGGUUUCUCGGUACUACUCAGUUCUGCUGAUCUGUUCCAGCCUCCA